UAAUAAUGAAACUAUAAGUGAUAAUGAAACUAUAUAUUACAAAACUACAAAUAAUGAAACUACUGAUAAUGAAAUCAUAAAUAAAAUUACAAAUAAUGAAAUUACAAAUGAUGAAACUAUAGUAAUAGAUAAUGAUAAUAAUUUAUCAGAUAUAUUUUUUGCAGUAAAUAAAGAAACUAUAGCUCUAGCUCAUGAAUUAGCAGUAAAAAAAUCAGCUUUAGAAAGUGAAGAUAAUGAAUUGUUAGAAACUCUAAAUGAUAUUGAUAACAUUUUAUUUGAAGUUGGAACAGAAUCUACUUUUUCAACAGAAAAUAAUGAAGAAUUAGCUUUAUCUUCAAAUACUAAUAAAAACUACUUAGAGCUAAAAUCCUAUUAU